UUGAAUUGAACAAAUUUUCCAAAACCGAUUGUCGUGAAAAGUGCUGCCUUUUCGAAAAAUUUAGAGCUGCUUCUGAUCAUUGGAAAACUGUUACAGAAGUUCAUUCAACAUUUUUUCCUCAAUAUUUGCAGAGCGAUAAAUGCCAAAUUUAGGCUGGUUUAUGACAGAUUCAUCCUGACAAAUGACAACGUAAGCAAUUGGCAACACUAUCCGAAUAAACUGCAGUCAACUGAAGCAAGUAAUCCUUUGUGCAUCCAAGCUUGUUUACUGUCGCUUGAGAAAAAGUAGAUUUUUCAUCCUCCGACCCGAGUAAGCCAUGUAAAUUGAACUGGCAUUCGCUAAUUUCAAUCACCCGACAGAGAUUGCUGUGGAAUAUAAUAGAGCACUCCAUCGAAUGGACGCAUUCAACAUCACGAAAAUGCUCACACUGGUCGAUCAAAGCUUGCCUUCCUUGUCCUACUCGUUGGACUCGCCCGGCCACGAGGGUCUCAAGUAUGACAUCCCGUUCAUGAAGCGUCAGGAAAGCCUCAUCAAUAACAAGUUCCAAUCGGACGUGACAUUCCUGGUGGGCGAGAAGCGUAUGCCGAUCUACGCUCACAAGCUGCUGUUGAUCAUCUCGUCCGAGUAUUUCAAUGCCAUGUUCAACGGGAACUUCAAGGAGUCCAAUUCGGAAGAGAUCGAGGUCAGCGACGUGGAACCGGACAUCUUUCUGGAGAUUCUGCGGUUCAUCUACUGCGGAAAGGUCCGUUUGACGAUCGAGAACGUGCUGGAGAUCUACGUCCACGCGCAGAAGUACAUGCUGAACGAGUUGAGACGGAGGACGAUUCGAUUUCUGGAGAAGCACAUCGAUUCGGAUAAUGUGCUGAAGAUCUUCGCCCAGAAUCGGUUGUACGAGUUUUCCUUCAUCAACGAAAAGUGCUUGGCGCUGAUCCGGAAGAAUCCGCUGACGUAUUUUCACCAAGAGGACUUCUUUGUGCUGGAUCGGAAGUCGCUGGAGAUCAUUUUUGCCAGCAAGAGGAUCAACUGUUCGGACGAGCAGUUGUUUCAGGCCUUGCGCGACUGGAAGAAGCUCAACGAGAGUGAGUACGUCAGUGAUCUGCAGACGGUGAUCAGUGCGAAGCGAUCGUACAACUGUGCGAAGCUGCGGUUUUUUGGGAACAUGUCGAUGGCGAUGCAUACGGAUUUGAAGUUUUCCAUCGACCACACGAGUAGUUUGGCGUUCUUCGGGAUUGGGGUGUUUGUGAAGUCGCGGGACAGGGUGGUGGCGAUCGAGGUGAAGAUUUCGGAGAAUCUGGAGAUUUUGGGUCGGCAUCGGUUUGAUUAUGAGAACAAGGACAGCGCUUCGGUGAAUGUGGCGAAUUUGUUCUUCGAGGAGCUGACGCUGCGACCGGACGAAUGGUACACGAUAUCGGUCAAGUUUAGCCCAAGCGGUGAGUGUUUUACGAUUACGAAUCCCCAGAUCUGUCAUGACAAGCUGAGACUGUACUUUGAUAACAAUUACAGCACGAUGAGGAGUGUUGUUUCGCACUUUUUCUGUGAGGAAAUAAAGAAAUAAAA